CUGCCGCUUGGGCCUGUCUGUCAUUGCCCAGUUUCUAAGGCCGUAAACUCGAAUUGUACUAAAAAUUUUGUAUUCCAAUUGUGGACCAAUAUUGACUGCGCAAUGUCAACGCCUGACGAUAUAUUGACCAUGGAGCUGGUCUAUGCAGAUCCUGCGGAACUGCCGAACACAUUGUUCGGAGGCGGCGACAUGGCUGCCAGCAGUGUGGAGCAACUUUUCAAGAUGCCGCUGCCAUUUAAGGAAGCCAACAGCGAGGAUAAACCCAUAGUAAAUAAUAAGAUCGAGGCCGUGUCGCCUGGCUAUGAGCUCAAGUACACGCUGGAGGGUCACCAGCGGCACAUAACCGCCGUGCGAUUUGCUCCUGGCGGCGACUGGCUGACCAGUGCAUCGGCAGAUAGUUUACUCAAGCUGUGGGACUUGGGCACGGCUCAGCUGAACAAAACACUGGCUGGACAUGUACUGGGCAUAAACGAUGUGGCCUGGGCGCCGGAUGGCAAAUUCAUGGCCAGCUGCAGCGAUGAUAAGACCAUAAGGCUCUGGGAUCCGCACGGCGGCCUGUGCCUGCGGACAAUGGAGGGGCAUGCUGGCUAUGUGUUUGCCUGCAGCAUUAAUCCGCAAGCGAAUCUAAUAGCGUCCACCAGUUUUGACUGCACCGUGCGGCUGUGGGAUGUGCGCAACGGCAAGUCCCUAAAAAUUAUACCCGCCCACAUGGAUCCAAUUUCGUCCGUGGACUUCAAUCGUGAUGGCACACUCUUUGUCACCGGCAGCUUUGAUGGCCUUGUGCGCAUUUGGGACACGAUCAGCGGGCAGGUGCUGAAGACGCUUAUCGAUGAGGAUAAUUCACCGGUGGGCUAUAAGCCAAAAUGUUUGCGCAUCUACAGAGGCCACACGAAUCUCAAGUAUUGCAUUGCCGUCAAAUUUUCCGUUACAGCGGGCAUGUGGAUCGUGUCGGGCAGCGAGGACAGUUGCCUCUAUAUAUGGAGUCUGCAGAGCAAGGAGCUUGUACAAAAACUAAAUGCACAUGCGCACGAGAUCAUCUGCACGGAUUGUCAUCCCAAAUUGAAUCUGAUCGCAACGGGCGCACUGCAGAACACCGAGAACCUCCGGAUCUGGCAGAGCAGCGAGACCGUAAUCGAAUUAAAUAAAUAAUUAACCUGUAUUUAAUUAGCAUUUAAUUGCAUUUGUCUCUAAGCCAACUUUGUAUUGGUAUUCUUAUCGCUGAAGUCGUAACAAUUGUAGUAAUACAAGAUAACAUGAUAA